UUACAAAUUAGUAAACAUCUAUUUAUUGAUUUAUUACGCUAUGUACUUUUGCGCAUUUCUAUAACGCUGUAACGCUUAUAAAUAGAUAUCAAACAUAACCUGGAAACACUGUUCUCAUCAGUUCUCAUAAAGACUUUAGUUUGCUUAUCAGCUUUGGGUAAAUAAUACUGUAAUCGUCGAUAAGACUAAUAAAUAGUUGAAAACAUCCAUUUCGUUUUCUGCGUUUUACAUCUAUUGACUUGCUUGUAUUACUCAACAUGACCUAUUUGUCAAGGAUCAGCCGAGGGGAAAUUGAACAAAACUUAAAGUCAGCUUAUGAUGUUAUCAAAGAAGUUGAUUACAUCACUGAUACCUAUAUUCUGGAUUUCUUUGUUGAAGAUGUAUGGGAAAAGUUGCCAAAGGAUUGGCGUACCUACCUAGAAUCUUUGUCCUUAGCUGAGCUGGCUCAAUUGAUUGAUGCCACUGCAGCAAUACCAAAAGAAGAAUGUAUUCCAAACAGCUUGCUCAAUGUGAGGGAAAGUGUGUUGCGUUGUUCUCUAUCAAGGGACUUCAAGCAGUACAAUGUGCUUUCUAACUCAAGCAAUUUUCCUCUCUUUGAGCAUCUCAAAGAUGGAAGGUUUGAGAGCAACUUCUUCAGAGGUGUGAAGAAGAAAAAAACAUAUGAAAUCAUGAAUAUGUCUGCUUUGAUAUAUCAGACGACGCAGCAAAUACCUGUCGAUUUCGUAGUGGAUGUUGGUGGCGGAGUUGGCCAUCUGUCAAGGGUUCUAGCUUACGUUUAUAACGUAAAAGUUAUAAGCGUAGACGGGAAUAAAUCUUUUAUCACUUACGCUAACAAGUUGAACGACAAGAUUGCUCUUUACAUGAAGAAGCUCAAACCUGGAGUUACUGACUUAAUAAGACCGAUACAUAUUUGCUCAAUGGUUGAAUCCAAUAUAACUACAGAGGAGUUUGAGAAGUUAAUUCAACAAGGUACUUCCUAUGGCAUUGUCGGUUUGCAUCCAUGCGGAGAUUUGGCGCCAACUCUACUGAAACUUUUCAAGACUUCGACGAAUUGCAAGUUCAUCAAUAUCGCUUCUUGUUGCUAUAUGAAGCUAAGCACUGAUCAAGAAGCGGAGAAUGAGCAUUUAGGAUUUCCAGUCAGUGAGGAGUCUAAGGAAUACCCAAUUAAACUAUCGUACGCGGCAAGAGAACUGGCUUGUCACGCGUUAGAGCUUUACAAACAGAAGCUGAUAUUGGGAAACGUAGAAGAUCUUAAGGUCCAUUCCUAUAGGGCUCUACUCGAGUUGCUCAUCGUGGAGAAGUAUCCGAGCCGUAGAAAAGAGCAGAUCAAAAGCGUCAAGUACAGAGAUGGCUUGACCUUUUUCGAAUAUGCGGAGCGCGCUUUGAGGUGCUCAGACAUACAACUCAAUUUGGACGAAGCUGAUUUACAGUCCAUUUCGGAAAAAAUAGACCAGUGGAAGAGAGUGGUUAUAGUAUACUCUUUACGUCUAAUGUUCGCACCACUAAUCGAAACAAUUAUAUUAAUGGACAGACUUCUAUAUUUACACAACGACGUCGGCAGUUGCGACUUGAUUCCAUUCUUUGAUCCGACCAUAUCACCACGGACCCACGUCUUAACCGCAACGAAAUAAUUUAGUGUUUCGCUUGCGACGCACAAUAACUGUUUGUAUUACAUUAAAUUCCUGCUAAUGAUACUCAAUGCAUUUACAUUGAACAUUCCCUACUGUUUCCCCACCAAAUGCAUGUCUACACUCUAUUGAUGUAUAAAUGUCUAUAUAUAUUGGACUUUCUAUUGUCCAUCAAAAUGUUUUUAAUGUAUUUA